AUGACGGGAUGCAUCGGUCAACUUAUCGAGGGUUUAGUAUCCGGUAGUGCGACCGGGCUCGUGCCACUUUUAGCAUUACCCGUGAGUGUGCAUAGUCACGAGGGCCUAGAUGUUCUUCCCGGCGAAAAUGUUGAAGAUGAAGAAGGCGACCUGGCUUGUACAAAACGGUCGCGAAAAAGCGCACUACCACAAAGUCAUUCCAGCAAAGCCGCCCGAAUCGAUCAUCACGAUAUGCAUGAAGUUCUUCAACUAGGAGAUUUUUCUCGAGUCAGAUCGCUAUCGAACAUGCCGUCUGAAAUCCAUUGCAGAAUAUUCGCCUUUUUAGAUGAUGUGAUGGAUGUCCUGCACUUCAGUCUCAGCAGUCGAUAUUUCUGGGCCGUUGGUCUCUUGCGUAUUGAGGAGCACAUAGUUCGCUCCCUUGCUCCUUGGGCCGGUGAGCCUAUUAUCUGUAUAGAUGAUCGCUGUGGCCCAAGCAAAUAUCCACCUGGUUUGCUCACCCCGGAACAAGAGGCCGAGGUAAGAGAAUUGAACCAGGUCUUCGACUUAAAUUCGUUCUCUAUAAAGAAUUCAUACAAAAGGGUCGGAGGACCAUCGCUCUCACAGAACUUGCAAAAGUCGUUUCUCGAGUACGAGUCGCACUACCCGAUGCCCGAGGUUGACCGUGUCGAGAUCAUGAUGGGACUGAAGCCCGAAAUUCUAGAAUUUUUCCCUCGCGACCAAACAUGGAUUCUACGCAACCUCACUACAAAAGAGUUUGUGAGAGGAGAAGCAAUUGCACUCAGGUGCGAGUUUAUGCAUGGACCUCAGAUUGACGUCUUGGACUUUGCGGAAAUUCUGGUUUCGCGGAUUUCGUGGUCGGAUGCGAUUGAAAAGAUCGGUUGA